AUGGACGGUGGGAUGCGGAAUAGGCGGCCUUUCCGAGGAGGAGGAGAAGGGGAAGGUGGGAUGGCGCUGCAGCUGCUGGGCUGGCUGUCCUUCUUGCCCUCAGGCCCAGCCGCCGGUGGGCAGUUGUGGGCUGUUUCCCCCCUGGCUGCGGUGGCAGUGAGGUUUGCAUCCAAAAAGAGUGGAAGCAGCUCCAAAAACCAUGGUGGGAGAAGUCUUGGGAAAUGCUAUGGCUUCAAAAAAAUGGAUGGACAGUUUGUUCAUGCGGGCAACAUACUAGCAACACAGCGAGUGAUUCGUUGGCACCCAGGGGCUCAUGUGGGGAUGGGCCGCAACAAGUGGCUGUAUGCACUUGGGAUUGUGCUAUACACCAAGGAAGUGUAUGUGCCACGUCCCCAUCACGAGGAAAGUAAAGACGUCAUCUGCCAGUUGCCCAGAGGAGCAGUGCUUUAUAUAACAUUCAUCAAUGUAGGCCCCACGGUUGAGGUGGGGAGCUUUAAGUUGGUCAACAUGCUGUAAGACUGCCCAGAAGAUAUCAGCCAAGAACUUGCUCAGGGGGAUCUGACCCCCAGCAACCAUCAGUUCUGUCCUUCCGAGUGACUUGGUUCAAUUACUUACUGUUCCCUGAGCCAUAGCUGAGGAAGACUGGGCAUCUUUACCAUACUGUCAAGAGCAAUUUCUGUAUUGUAAAGGAUGUAUAUUUAUAUAUC